GUCGAAACGAAUAAAUAAAUUGAAGAAGAUAAUUCAAAAUUCUUACAAAGGCUCAUGAUUCGCCACGUCGCAAUACCUUCAAAAUCUGAUCACUUUCAUCAGAAGAAGUAGCUCUGCUAUUAAAGGAGUAAAAGAUUUCUCCAACAUAACCAAAAAACAAAAUGGAAGACAAUACGGUGCGUUUUGGCCUUCUCGGAUGCAUCAGAUACGCGUCAAAAUUCGUCAGAACAGUAACUCAAUCCUCUAACGCCGUCAUCAUCGCCAUCAGCGAUCCGUCACUCGAAACCGCUAAUACCUUCGCGGCCGCAAACAAUUUAUCGCCGGAGACCGUCAACGUGUACGGAAGCUACGACGAGCUACUCAACGAUCCACGCGUUGACGCCGUUUACUUGACGAUGCCAGUGACGCAGCGAGGGAAAUGGGCGGUAACGGCGGCGGAGAAGAAAAAACAUCUCCUGGUUGAGAAACCACCCGCUCAGAACUCGGCGGAGAUUGAUACGAUCGUAGAGGCGUGCGAAUCUAACGGCGUUCAGUUUAUGGACGGUGCGAUUUGGUUGCAUCAUCAACGGACGGUUAAGAUUAAAGAAACGAUGUUUGAUUCUGGAUUGCUAGGAGACGUUCGCCACAUGUACAGCACAAUGACGACUCCGAUACCGGAGCAAGUACUUGAGAGACUGACCAAAGAAGCGAUGGGUUUAGCCGGAGCCAUUGGAGAGCUUGGUUGGUACCCUAUAGGCGCAGCUCUUUGGGCUAUGUCUUAUCGAAUGCCGACAUCUGUCAGGGCUCUUCCUUCCUCAAUCGCCACAAACUCUGUUGGGACCAUCUUGUCUUGCUCUGCCUCCCUUCAGUUUGGUCCAACCGCAGACGCAACUGAAACCGCAACCGCAAUCGUCCACUGCUCUUUUCUCUCUCAACUUUCGACUGACUUGGCUAUCUCAGGAUCAAAAGGGUCGAUUCAAAUGAAUGACUAUGUGAUCCCCUACAAGGAGGACACAGCUUGGUUCAAGUACACAAGUGGCGCUAAGUUCGUGGACAUGCACAUUGGCUGGAACAUGAUGCCGGAGAAAGUUAUGGUGGACUGCGUCGGAACCGAGGAGUCUCAGGAGGCAAUGAUGCUGAAAGAGUUCGUGAGGCUUGUCCAAGGAUUCAAGCAGGGCGAGUCAGAGGCUGAUCGGAGGUGGCCGGAAAUCAGUAGGAAGACGCAGUUGGUGGUUGAUGCUGUGAAGAAAUCUGUUGAUAUUGGUUGUGAAGUGGUUUAUCUGUAAAUCAUGUUGGCAUCUUCGCUAGUGAGAUUAUGAUAUUUAUGUUAGCAUGCACAUGUUAUGGUAGAUAACUUUUAUAAGUCGAAGUUUUUUUUUUGUUGCUAACAACGAAGUUUCAAGAUGCUUCAUGAUUUUAAAAGGCGCAUGUUUUUCCAUACCAAAAAGUUUUAAAACCACUCAUAUAAUUUUUAAUUUUUAUAAGUCAUUUUGCAUACAAAA